GGAGUCACGUGAUUCGGUCAGGCCGAGCAAAAGGACCAAUCGCGUACAGACAAAUACUAAACUCCGUAAAUUGUGACAGUGCGUACUAUAGAUAAAUAGAAUAGAAUAAUUGCGUUGGAAGUGACAGUAUUGUUGGGUCAACAGCUACGUUCGCGAUUACCUACUAACAAUAAUAAUAAACAACGAUAACCGGAAGUUUAACGAUUUUUUUUUAUUUGGUUGGCGAGUUCUUGAAGACGAACGAGAGGUUUUGUUGUUAUACGUUUCCCAAAGUGGAGCUGACGAACGAGGAGGAGCUGGAGAACAUGGACUCGCUUCCUGUCACGCUCAUAGUGAAAGCACCAAAUCAACAAAUAGAGGAUCAAACGGUCAAAUGCGAACUAUCCUGGACAAUUAACAAAUUGAAACAACAUUUAUCUGAGGUUUACCCAAGUAAACCGCCAUCACACGAACAAAAAUUAAUCUAUUCUGGACAACUUCUAAACGAUACAGUAGUAUUGGGCGAUAUUUUACGUCAAUACGACGGCCAAGACACCCAUACAGUUCACUUGGUGUGUACACCAAAUUUAAGUACAACCACCGUCACAGCGAAUACCAGUAACGUGCCGCCUCAACUUAGACAGAGACAAUCAACAACAUCAUCGGGGCCUUCGUCAAGUAUGCCCAACAUAACCAUCCCAGCGAACGUAACCGCAACUAGCGUUAACGCCAAUCCAAAUGUACCGCAUGAUAUGUGUGCACAAUACAUCCUUAUGCAACAAGCUUAUUUACAAUACAUGAGUCACUAUAUGAAUCUAUAUGCAAGUGCUGCGAAUCAAAAUGUUGAUGCAGCAAAUUUGGCACCACAAGCACAACCAGUAAUAAAUCAACAACCUGUAAACGGCGAUUUGGCAAACGCGAAUAAUGUGGUACAGCCUCAACAAAACGCAUUGGCAGCUCAAAACGCGGCUCCUGCAAACGGAGAACCUGAGGAAGAAAGAGAACUUCUUGAUGUGAUCUACACUGUACUGAGAAUAAUUUUAUUCUCAGCGAUUUUAUUUUAUUAUUCAACACCGCUUCGGUAUUUAUUCGUUUUAUUCCUUGUCGUCUGCCUUUAUAUUUACCGGAUGGGCUUUUUCCGAAUAGUUAACGUUAACAAUAACAACAUAGUACAAGGUGAACCAGCCGUAGAAGAGGCUCCAACGCGGUUAAUGGUGGCCUGGACGUUUUUUACGACGUUUUUUGCUUCAUUAAUACCAGAAAUCCCUAACGUCGUCUAGCUUUUAUUAACUUCUAAAACCUACAGUUGAGUAUUGGGUUUGGCAAUCAGAGAGACGUAUUGAAAGACAAUAUUCAAUUUAUUAUCAAUAAUUAUGGAAUUAAAUUUAUUAUUUUUACCACCAUAUUUAGUGUUGGCUGUUAUUAUUAAUAUUAUUAUUGUUGUUUUUACUUAUUUUUGUUGUACCCCCAAUUUUCUAGUGUAUUUAUACGUUGUAUUUAUAGGCUAACUGUGGAAAUCUUCUCACAAUUGAAACUUGUACGUUUCCAUUAUUACUGAAUAUUGAAUUUUAAAUUCCUCUUGCCUCUAGUUAUUUUUCACGUUUUUAUUCGGAUUUUGCUCUGGGCUAAUUCCAGAAUAAAAUCAAUUUCGAGGUAUUUGAAAAAGUAAACACUUUUCAACAUGUGAAUACUUAACUGCUGUAUCAGCUGUAUAUUUGUAUAGCAUUAAUAAAUUUAAUAUUAUUACUGAUUAUAUUGUGAAAAAAGUUUCAGUAUGUACAUAAAAAACUCAUAGCUUUAGAUUUGUGAUUUAAAUAUAAGUGUCUUACUAGUA